UCGUGACGUGAUGUGACUAACUGGGUUCGUUCGGAAAAACCGUACGCGCGUGCUAAAGACUGGCGGUGAAAACCGGGCGUUGGGUGACCGCACUAGCGAGAUCUCGGACUUUUCACACGGGAGUCCCCGUUUGCGCGUGGGAAAUAGUGCCAGUUGUUGCUGAGGGCAUUUUUUUUCGUUGUCAUUUGUGAAUUGUAACGCUAAACAAAAAAAUGGCAUUUCUCGGUGGUCACGUUGUUGUUUGUUUGUUUCGAUAACAGAAAACCCGAAAGUGUGCGCUAGCUUAGAUAAUCGUGAUUAUUAGAAAAGGGCAAUAAUUGUGCCCUCGUCAACCGAAUAGUGUUUGUUUCAGCGUACGAAAUCUAAUGAAUAAAGAUUCAGUAUUACCUUCAAGUGUGCGAAAAAUUGGUUUUGAUGCCAACGUUCGGCACGAGUGCUGCCAAAAUUAGGUUGUGUGCUGGGGGAUGUUAUUCCGUAGUACCGCAUUGCUUGCUCACAAGAGGGGUUUUGAGCAAAGGGCCCAGUGAAGAAAAGAAAGCUCGUGUACGUGGAUUGAAAGGGAAAAUAAAAUAUUUUUCCAACUCGUAGCUCACAACAGUUCACGCGUGGCGUAAGGAUUGUUCCUGCGAAGCAGAAAAACACUUAAUCCAUUUUACCGAGUUGUCAAAGAGGUUGGCGAAUUGUUUUCCGGCAAAAUGUUAUUGGUGGAUUUUCCUGGCUGGUGUCAGGUAUUUUAUGCCGUGAUAAUUUACAUGCUGCUGGAAUGAAUAAGUAAAUCGAAAUAAAAAUUCCAACAUUAUCAGCAUAAACAAAGCCAACGGGGUGAACGAAUGUUUGCCCUCCCCGGACCCAACAGUAGACUGGCUGAAACCGAACUAGAAGGAAUGUAAUUGAAAAUGAUGCUUGUUUUUCAUCCCCUGCAGUCUGACAGGGCGGGAAUCUUUCCAGCCUUCUUUUCGAAGCAUAUCGUGAGGAAAGUGUGAACCAUGGGCUGGUGCGAAGUGGGCAUAGUUGGCCUCUAGAGUGAGAUAAAAUUCUACUUGCCGAAUGCGGAACCGAACUGCGGAAUGUGUCCUAUUUGCCUUUUUAUUAUGUACCAUUGGAGGUAUUGGGGCGUUAGCAAAAAUUCCCUCGUGAACGGGGCGCAGUGAAGUGAUGGAGAAGAAGAUAAUUGUUUAGAGGCCAAUUCAGAACUGCUCUCGUUGUCUGUCUCGGUCGAUCGAUAGAACCAGCCAGAAUAGUUCCUGGGUGAUAAACAGUUUAAAAAGUGAUUUUUUUUUGUCGGUGCAAGAGAGAGGCAAAUUUUAUCGAUUUUUGUGUGCGUGAUUUGUUGUAACGUUUUGUUAUUUGACCGUAAAGGUCGACAGCUGGCAGAGGAGCCCAAGCCGAAGAAGAGCAAGAUCGAACAAAAGUUUGCUGUGAAAGUGAAAGCAACCGUGCCGGGUUGGAUUCUGCCAAAAUAAUACCGGCAAAUGAGGCUAUCAGAGCAGGAAACUUGAAAAACAGAAAAAGUAGAUAGGCUGGGAUUCUUCGGUAACGACGAAAAAGAUAAGCACCAGUGCAACAGACGGGGAGCGAACGAGAGAAAGAAAUUGAUCCAAUCAGGAUUUGUGUCGUACAAAGUGCAAGUGAAACCCGUUUGUGCUGUCAGCUGUGUGCGUUUCGAGGGAGGAAAAUUUGCUGACUCUGGUUCGGGUCUAGAGCGAGUGUAGUGUGCACCGGGGGAUCGGGUUUUUCGACGGUGGAAUUUGUGUGAUGUUGAUUUAAAUACUUUCGGCAGGCACUGGUUGGCAGCACACGCAAAUCCGGAGCGCCAGCAGAAAGCCGUAUAAAUCAGGACCUAAUUUCGCGCUUCAUGCACAAAGCUUGCCGGCAAAAAUACAGAAUACCACACGUGGCAGCAGCUAACAGGCGUGACUGAGUGCACAAAGAGUGAUUUCGCCUAAAAAAAACGCUUGUCCGUGCUGGAGCCCACCGUUCGUCGUAGCGGCCAAAUUGAAUUCCACGUGCAACACACCGCGAAGGUACCACACGAGUGUGACAACGGUGUCAUAAUUUUCCACCAUUUUUCGCGGUUUCCGGGUGCGCGGGAUCGUUGAAUGCACCGGAAGCCAUACAACCCCGGCUGCCAUUGGGAGCAGCAGCAGCAUAACAAUAACAACAAUAACAACAGUGACAGCGAACAAAAAAAAACGGGAACACACGUUUGACAAAAAAAAAUUUAUGUGUGGGGCGCAAAGUGCUCUCCCGGGUAGAGCCUGCAACGCGUGUGAUUGUGUGGUUGUGCGUUAGGUGUGUAUGUGUGAAUAUAGGAAAGUCAUAAAAACACGUACGCGUUGUAAAAUUAACAUCGAUUUAUUGGGCAGAGGGAAAAAAAGGGGAGGAAAAAUAACAUGAAAAGUUGAGCCAUUUGAACCAUUAAGCUAAACUAGAUUUUUUCGAAUUUGGAUUUUUAUUGGCCGAUAUUCGAAGCCCGAGUGGAUUUACGGAAUAAUCAAAGCGUGAACCCGAAAGUGUGUGCAGCUUCAUUUGGCAAGUUUUUCAUUGACGUCGACGGAAGUGGACAAACGCACAAAAGCAGAAAACAGAAAAAAAAAAUUCAAUACGGGAACAAAGGCUUUCGUUUGCACAGCAGUUUAUACCAAUCGGAAAUUGAGUGGGAAAAUUUGCUUGUCUGUUUCUGUGAAAUCGAUAUGUCCAAUUUAGAUGCACUGUAUUGUUAGUUUUUGGAACUGCUGGUUGCAUGACAUAGGAAACUAGAAUCUAGUGCAGCUUUUUUUCGUAUAAAAAACCGUUGGGAGUAGCCGACGUGCAUUGGUCCGAGCAGUGGGGUGUGAUGGCCGAUCCUCAUGACGGGGACCGGUAAUGUUCCCCAAACGCCAAUACCCACUGUACAAUGCGGGCCCACGAUGGGCCAACAAUUACUAACGACCACCAGCAGAGCCAUCCGCAUUGGGAAGAUUCGCACUCGCCACUAGCAGCAGGAGAGACGUCGCUUUCGGCAGGACCCAAUCCUCGUCGUCGUUGCCUUCAUCGUCCAAGCUGCUGCAGCUGGGGCGCGUGUUACUGGCUGUUGACAAUUGUUCUAACCGGUUGGCUGGUUCCUCCGACUGGAGCAGGUCCACGCUACAGCUCACGGAUUGUGGAAACCAAAUCCGGAGCGAUUCGCGGAGUGAUUCUGGAGCUGAAUUCCAAGUACCUGGAGCCGGUGGAGGUAUUUAAAGCAGUGCCCUACGCCACUCCUCCGGUUGUAAAUUUGAGAUUUGAACCUCCGAAGAAGUUACCCCCGUGGAAAGGAACCAAGUUGGCGGAUACUUUCGGGCCAGUUUGUCCUCAGAACUUUCCCGACAUUAGCAAUCGCACAGCGGCGCUUCUUUCGAUGCCAAAAGGCCGUUAUCAACACCUGAAACGGUUGCAGCCGCUGCUGGUGAAUCAAAGCGAAGAUUGCCUGACGCUUAACAUUUACGUCCCCGGAAGUGGAAGCCGAGGGCUGGAGGCACCUUACUCCAUCUUCUUCUACAUUCACGGCGAGGCGUACGACUGGGGCUCCGGCAAUCCGUACGACGGCUCCAUACUGGCCAGCUACGGUCACGUGAUCGUUGUUACAGUCAAUUUUCGUUUAGGAAUUCUUGGUUUUCUCAAAACUCGUGCCUCACCAUCACCGGGAUCUGGUGGCAAUCUAGGUUUAAUGGAUAUAAUCCUUGCCCUGCAAUGGGUCCGGGACAAUAUUGCUGCGUUUGGCGGUGAUCCCAAACGGGUCACGCUGGUCGGUCAUGACACGGGAGCAGCGCUGGCUAACAUGGUUCUCAUCUCAAAGUCCGGAAAAGGACUAAUCAAUCGGGCGAUUUUGCUGAGCGGAACCGCCCUUAGCCCGUGGGCACUGAUUCCGGAUCCAGACGCGAUCCGGCUAGAAGUGUCUCACCAGAUGGCAUGCCAUCUACUGGUGGAACCCCCGCCGGGUAAACCGGCUCGUAAGCCCUCCACCGAUGACAUCACCGAGUGUCUGCGAGACAAACCGCUGGAAGCUCUGAUGGGCGUAAAACUGACGACGGUUCGGUUCAUGCCAUCGUGGGGGCCAUUCCUUCCAUUGGAAGACUCACUGGAUCCGGAAUUCGCCAUGGAACAUUCGGGGGAGGGUUUCAUUACCAGUGAACUCAUGCUCGGUAUGACCACGACCGAAAGUUACAACGAUUUCAGCGCCUCUGACAUCCAGUACGGCCUGGAAGAGGAACAGCGCAAUCGACUGCUGCGAACGUACAUCAGGAACGCAUUCACCUUCCACCUGAACGAGAUUUUUUCGGCCGUGCGAAACGAGUACACGGACUGGGACAAGCCGAUUCAGCAUCCAAUCAAUAUCAGAGAUUCGACGAUGGAAGCGCUAAGUGACGGUCACACGGUAGCUCCGCUGAUCAAGGUAGCAUACCUGCACGCCCGGCGUGGAGCCAAAACGUACAUGUUUCACUUCGGCUACCAGAGCAAGGAAAGUGAAUACCCGCAGCGGCUGGGUAGUGUUCGUGGCGAGGAUUUACCCUACAUUCUUGGCCUUCCGCUGGUGCAGGGCAUUCCCUGGUUUCCGCAAAACUACUCCCGACAGGACAUGGGAGUGAACGAAGCGGUGCUGAACUUCGUCAGCAAUUUUUGCAAAACGGGUGAUCCGAACGAUGCUGGCCACCAGGCACCGCUGCUGCAUCCGGACUACGGAACGGCUAAGGAGCGCACCCGUUUCCGUGGCAUUCUGUGGGAUACCUUCGAGACGACUACGCAACAGUAUCUAAGCAUAUCAACCAAACCGAAGAUGCGAAGUCACUACCGGGGUCAUAAAAUGGCAUUGUGGCUGAAUCUGAUUCCACAGUUACACCGCCCCGGGGAUCCGGAGGUUUCAAUGCGACAUCACCACUUCCGGGAGCGGGAUCCGCACUACUAUGCCGGAUCGGUUCGGGCGGAGUCGUUCAGUCGGCCACGAAUGUAUGGCAGUGGGAUCAUUAACGAUGCUCAGGAAUCUCGGCUGGAGUCAUUUGGAACCGAAUGCACUCCGGAUCCUACGAUGGGCGAGGUACUGCAGGAAGGAAAUCCGGAUGGGGGCGUGCUGAGUGAGGAAGAGGAGGAGGAACUGCUGGAAAAGCUUGCCAAUCGGCACUACUACAGCUACACCGCCGCGUUGGGAGUGACAGUUGGUGUGGGUUGCCUCUUGCUGCUGCUGAACAUGCUCAUCUUUGCCGGUAUCUACUAUCAACGGGAUCGGUCUCGGCGGCGGAAGUCCCAGGCGGGCAGCAGUUCCGGUUCCGGAAGUGGAUCACGAAACAAUGGAAGUGCCAGUCCGGAUGAAGCAGAUAUCCCGCUGACGACUAUUCCGAGUCCAUCACCGAGUAAAAUGAAACGGGACCACGAAUCGCCUCCCAGCUAUGCAACACUGCCGAAACGAAAUUCGGGCAGCAAUCACCAGCAGCAGCCGAAGGGUGGGCCGAGCAUAAAGGACACCAAUCUGACGACAGCCACCCUGGGCCGGGCCGGAAGUUUCUCGCACAAACAACAGAUCCUCCCGGAGACAUUUGCUUCUCACCAUCAGCAACAGCAGCAGCCGCCGCAUACGACGCUGACAAUAACUUCAAACGAACCGUCACGUCAAUAUCAUCACCAGUCGAACAUCGCGACCGACACCAUCCAUCAGCAUCACCACCAUCAAACGUUACCGCGGGCCGGAAAAUCUGCUCCCCUGCCGCCGAUACGUUCGUCGAGCAACAACGCUUCCUCACCGUCUCCUCCGCUUGUCGGAGGACCCCACCAAGUGACUGUCAUUUCCGGUUCGCCAUCUUCCGGAGCCACGCUUCCUCCUUCGACGGCUGGCGGCACCCAAACGGGUGCCCCACUUACUUCCAUCCUUGUAAAUAAUAGCAAUCCCCAUCAUCACACUCACCACCAGCGCCAUCAGCAGCAGGGUGCUGCUGGAGUGGCGGCUAACAGUAAUAUUAUCACGGUAGAUUUGGUGAACUCGACGAAUCCGAAGCACGCCUCCGGCGGUGGGCCAGGUGGUGGUAGUUCGUAUAGUGCACAUAGCAACAAUUUUAUCGGUAGCAGUAGUUUAGCUAAUACUAGUGGCACUCAUCAUCACCACCACCAUAUGCAUCAUCAUGCGAGCCCCGGUGGAAGUGGGAAUCCAACAGUAAGCCUGGCCAAUCCAUGCCAACCGUCGUCGUCGGUCGCGGCAGCAGCAUCCCAUGCUUCUACUUCAACCCUAGGAGCAAAUACCGGUCCCGGUAGCGGUUCGACGUUGAAGAAACGUGUUCAGAUCCAGGAGGUGACCGUAUAACAUCGGUACAGCACAGCUGACGACGAUGAUCGGGAAGCUGUGUAAAGACCACCGAAACGGUGAGAAUUGUUUUUGUUUUGUUCUUCCCAGAUAAAAUGAACGGAACGGAAUCUGAGUAUCGGUUGGCUUUUUGUUGCAACCGGGAUUAGCUGAGGGGUGAAAGCAUUAAAAUUUUAUCCGUUUUUGUGUUCUCUUCGCGAAAUCUGACUCGACUCAAGUUUUGCAGAAAACGAUAAUGAUGCGGGUUUUACUUUGAGGUAUUCAAAUAUCAAUGUUUUGCAUUGUGUACAACAAUUGAUUAUCUUCAAUGCAUGAGUUUAUGCACGUAAACUUUCGUAAUCUAAUAAUACGUACAAAUUUGGUGACAGUUUUUAUUGAAAAUGAGAUUAACAAGAAUCGCUAAAAUUAUGUGUUAUUCCACACAACAUUACUUUUAUUUUAAUAUAAUCUAAUAGUAAAUAUGGAAUACCAUUUCAUUUCACACCACAAUGGCUUCUGAAACCGCCAACGAAUUUUGCUUGUCUCAUCAUUUGAACAGCUUGAACAGAAUUUUUGAAUUUUUUUAAAACAUUCGUUUAAAUCGCUGUGAUGCCUAUUUUUCACAUAAUUAACACAAAUACUCUAUUGUUUUAGGUAUUAAAUAUUUUUCUUGACCUGCAUUUCAUUUUAAAGAGCCUGUUUUGAGGAUUUAUAUAAAAAGAACAUAAAAUUUACAACGCAGAUCGGCUAAGACAGCAGUUCUCAACCUUUUUUUGUCCGCGUACCCCUUGACAAUAUUUUCCAAAUUAAUUGUACCCCCUGGCUUCAAAGGUCCUCGCAGAGUGGGAGAAAGUAGUGGUAGAUCACGUUGUGGUAGUCUAGUCCAGGUUUCAAAUUGGACUAUAGUUUGUUUCAUUACUACAGUCAUAUUUUGAUAGCAAGUUUGAACAAUAACUGAAGUUUUAUAAAAAACAUUGCUUCGUCCGCCAUUACUGAUUUUUCUUUCGCGUACCCCCGACGAUUUUUUUUAACUUUCAGUAUUUAUGAAAACUUUACUCUUCAGCCGCUUGUUUUCUUUGAAACAGGCGGAUAUCCUCGAAAAACUUAAUGUAUACGACGGUUUGUUUCAAGAACUGAGUUGCGCACCUAAAAGAUUCGAGCAUUUUGAACAUAAUUUAUCGAAAAACCCACUACUUAGAGAGUUGCGAUCAGCAGAAAAGUUGUUCAAAAAUCAAGGGAAUUGAAAGCCCUUGAUUUUUUGAACAAAUUUUCUGCAGAUCGCAACUCUCUAAGUAGUGGGUGCAAAUUUUCACAACACGGUGCAAGAGCGCAUGUAAUUUUGAGUAUUUUGUACCUAAUUUAUCUUGUGAAUACGCCCACUGUAACUGUGAGGGCACUGUUGCAAAGUGAACUCUUUUUCUUUCUGCUUGAGAACGUGACAUAUGUUACGCUUCUCAAAUCAUUUGCAUACACGCUUUCGAGAUACACUUUAUUCUUCACGCACUCACCGGAGCAGCAGCUAACGUGCACCGGCACGCAAAAACUCGGCUGUAAAGGGGAUAGCAAUUCUUGCUAGCAAGCUGCGUUGCUAGGUCAAUUUUAUCAAUAUCUGGAAAAAGCAACAAAAAAAAAUCUGGCAGAUAUUUUUCAAGACUAAAUAUUUUUUUUUUCGGAAAAAAAAAUCACAGGAGGGUUGUGUGCAAAGCCACGACCGCAAGGUUGAAGUAGAAUACUUUUACACAGCUCUACUUACGGCUGUAAAUUAACCUACGGCCGGCGUAUCGGUUCGCGCCGGUUAUCGCGUUUAGCCUGGCAGAGGCCUAAUGCGCACGGCCAACACAAUAGAAAGGUGUUUUCGCAUUGAAAAUUAGACACGGCUUUACUAGAGUAAGUGUUGGCAAAUGCAUCUACAGCUAAUACCGCCGCUAUCGUACGAAAAAUGACGCGCGUCUAAGAACACCCGAACUGUUUCGCCGUGCCGCUUCCAUUUACUUACUUAUUACAUCGGCCUUAGGGAAGAACCGGCUGCAACUACCGCUGAGGUUGUUACCAUCCUGCUACUGGUACCCAAAGCUAUUAACUCUUCAAAUUAAGUGUUUUAUUUGUCCUCAAAAGAACAAUUGUUCAAUUCCAUAUCGGAUAUGAUCGCAUCUCUGUAAUAUUACCGACAGUAAUAUUCUUCUAAGCAAAAUGAUCCUACUUUUCCAUUAGAGGAAGUGCCGGCUGAUGUACCGCAAAAAUCUCGCCCGAUCACUCGCGUUGGCGUUCAGCCUGGCAGAGGCCUGAGACGUGGUGACCAACCACAGGGCAAGUGAUUUGUUUAAUUUGAAGGCAGCCAUAGGCGCGACCUGCUGCUAUGGUCUGUUACUGCUGAGUGCCGAUAUCUGCUAUUACUGCUGUCAACGUUGUGGACGGUCCAUCCAGUUCACCUUCCGACUAAUGAAUGUAGCUAGUUUUCCCAGAAACACAUUUUUAUAGCCGAAGGGUGCUACGUAAUAGGCCACGACUUUCAGUUCAGGUUUACCAUUUCCUUAUGUUCUUUAGACGAAUUAUUCCACAAUUCGCAUUUGAUUUUUGUAUCCAGCGAAUAAACACUGAUGGUGCUCUCACACACGCAACGGUUUUAACCCGUAUCUUAUUGCGGUUUGUAACAUCAAGCGAUUUCGUUUGCUCGCUGUUGCGUGUUGCAUCAUGUUGCAACUUGGCAACUGGGAGACGACGAAAUUCUGUUACUGCUGAUCGAUUGAAUCGACUUCAUAUUAGCUCUGCAUAGUCGAACUAACUGUCUUUGUGAAUGCGGUCUAACAGGGCAGUUUGUUAUUCAAAGUUGGUUAUGCUGAUCGCAGCCUUUGCGCUGCCCCUACAGUGGGGGGUUUACUAAAUAAAGUAAAAGUAAAAAUAAGAACAACUACAACAGAAUUUGAUUGCGGUGCGGUAUUUUAUUUAUUUUAAAACUAUUCAUCACAUAUAGGUAAAAUUUGAAGAAAAAACUAUCUUAUUUUGUUGAAUAUAAAUCAUCUUAUUUUAUUUAAAACUAUUCAUCACAUAUAGGUACACUCUUUAGACAUAUUUAUAUGUUCCAAGAGUUCUAUUUUUCGCCUUUCCAAAACAGCCUAAAUAUAAAAAAUCGGUUGAAAAAUAACCGUAUUAAACAUAAAAAUGUGAGCUAAGGGAAAAAAAAGGGUUCUGACCAUAACUAAUAAUAUUUGGGGUAUUUGAAAAACUUCAAGUAAAUGCGCAAGUAACUUUUGACUAAAGCUACAACCCACACUAAGUCACAUCGAAAGUUUUUGCAUUUUUGCAUCAUUUGUAGCACCGUGAAAUAAAUGUGCGAUAGAAGCCAAAAAUUUUGGUUUUCUUUAUAAAAUAUAUAACUUAGCCAAAUAUCAACCGAUUUCCACAAAACUGCUUUUAUUUGAUUCAGAAUUGAAUAUACUUUCGAAAUUAUAGUGUAUUUGUGGUAUGUUUCUUACAAAAAUAGACGAAAAAUUCAAAAUUAAAUUGAAAAAUUGCGUGAAAAAAACUAUAAAAUUGGAUAUGAACUCAAAUAACUUAACAUGUUUUAUUGAAAUUAGAACAAUCCUGUAAAUAUUUUGGAAGCUCUAUUUGUCCUCUUUCUAAAACUGCUUUAAUAUUGAAAAUCGGUUUACAAAUGACUGAGUUAAAAAAAUUUAUAUUAGCUGAGGUCCAAAAAACCGUAUUUUGACCAUAACUUCAGAUUUUGAAGGUGUUUGGAAAAUUUCUAGUAUGAGCGAAUGUUACACUCAACAAGACCUACAACCUACACUAGGUCACUUCAGAAGUUCUUGCCUUUUUUUUCAUUUGUAGCACAGUGUUAUUUGUUUAUUUGCCUUGAAAAAAGCAUUUUGCGGUACAAAAUCGGUUACUGAUUACAACUUUGGAGCUGCCCUAACAUUGGGGGAAUUAAGAUACACGGUAAACAUGCACUGUGGAAGCUAUUUUACAGUCAGUAAAUUCGACGGGUGCGACAGAUUUAAAUUGCUAGGAUGCAACACAGAAUGCUUGCUUGCGUUGACAAAAAUUAUUAACUUUCAAUGACUUGUUCAUUUGCCUUCAAAAAGGCAUUUUGAUUUCCAACAUUGGAUUUCCCGAUGGCAAUCUUCAUGUUGCCCCAACACGGGGGGAAUAAUGGCUGUCUGGCGACACACGCUUAGCAAAAACCGCGCUGCUCCUGAGACGUGGUGACCAACCACAGGGCUAGUGCUGCUGCUAAGGAAGGACGACUGCUGUUGUCGCUGUUCAGAACUAUUAUGAGCGGCUCCAGCUGAAACAGGCUCUUAUAUAGGUCAAAUAGCAUUAUUUCAAAUGCAAGGUAUAUGAUCCUGUCGACCGUGCUUGGGAAGCAAGCAUAAAACGACCAAUCAGAGGUCGAAUUUUUUGUUUUGACAAGGCUUGACUAUUUUAAAUAGUACAAUAGUUUGAAUAAUAAAAUUACAAUUAUCUUAUUUUGGGAAGAAUCUUAGAAGAUUUUCCAGUCUAUUGCCGCAAGAACGAAGAAAAUCCAUCGAAUACAAACCGAUUUAUUAGCAUUUGAAAUUGGACAUAUUUUUCACUUUUUUCGGUUUUAGAUUUUCAUUUCACAUCCCUAUGUAGCCGAACUUACUGAGAGAAGUAUUCUACUUCAAAAAUGGGUUGCGUAACAUUUGAGGUGACAAAAUUGCGAUAUUUGGCGCCGAAUUUGAAGUGAUGAUCUUUUUACGAAACAGAGAAAAUAAAAUCUGAUAAAUUGUACUUGAAAUCUGCCUACCCAGAUAGGCCAAAAUCUGGAUAAUUCUAGACUGACAACACUGCUUGUGAAUAGGAGUACCCAACAAAAGUUGUUUGCUCCUAGCCCUGCUUGAAAAAAUGUGCUCGAAAACGAAAAUGUUUUCUGCAUCUACCAGAUGUUGCUUAGUGCACCGACAGCCGAGAGUGGAGCGAAGCAUCUAUAAAGUAUUGCAUACUCAGCAAUCAUCGCGAUUCAUCAUUAAACAAUUAUCUUCGCUGGUCGUUUUCUCGAGCAAGGUAGUAAACGUGAGUAGGAGAGAUUAUGCGAGUGUGUGCAAAUGAUUUCGGGAGCGAAUGGCGAAUGCGAGUUUGCGAUCAUCACUUGUUAUUAAGCAAAAAAGACAGCGAAAAAAAAAUGAGAAAUAACUUGAAUCGAGAAUAUUCCAGUGUGCAAAAUCGGUAUUUUCUAGACGAACUUUCGAUUUCUGGGAAACAGCCGAAAAAACCAAAUACCACACAGAAAGGAUAUUUCUAGAACGAGAAUGUAAUACCCGGAGUCAGAAAAUCGACUCCAGACACCAUUUUGAAGUUCAAGAAGGUAAUUUCCGGUGUUUAAAACACGACCCAAUGUGAUCAAAUACCACCCAACAUUCCAAGAUUGCCGCUUCCGGUUUCCGGAGAACAGCCAAAAAUGACAGAAAUUAUGUUCAGAGAGUGGAUUUCAACACUAGACACCAUUUUGAAAUCCAACAUGGCUACUUUCGAUUUCCGUAAUACUGCCAAAAAUGAUCAAAAACUAUCACACACAAUUAUUUCCAGAACCGGGAUGAUAUCUUGAGACCGAUGACCAUUUUGAACAUGGUUGAACAUGGAGGACCGAUUUCAGAAAUCGGAAUUUCAACACAAGUAAUAUAAUUAAUAUUCAUUGAAUUAUUUUUACAUCCUGCUUAAGGAUUAUCACUCAAGACUCAGUGAACUAAAUUUAUAUCGUUUAGAAAUCUUAACUGCUCUAUAAAUAUUACCUGCUCACAAAAAACCUCUUUUGGAAAACUUCGAAUGAAGACUAAAAUUUUUAUUAAGACCACAAGAAUCGCGGGUUAAUUUAAGAUCAUAAUAAGAAGGAUUGCGUGAACACCAAUGUCACGUUGCAAUAAAAUUCCAUACUAAACUUUCUGCCACCCAGAAGCCCUUGAUCUUCUGAACAAGUUUGCUAAAAACCGCAAUUUUCUGCGUUUUCGGGAACACGACGUAUCUGCCUGUUCCAGGUGAUGUUUAACUUUUUAGGGGAUGAUAAUACUAUUUGAAGCGACUCCAAACUUACGGCGGCGGGUAGUGUAUACUUGAACAAUCAACUUUUUUCAAUCAUUGAACUCAAGGCUCUUCAAAAACUUUUUCUCGAACAUCGUUCUUGGUCUGCUAACAUUUCCACAGGUUACAUAAAGAUUCUGGAAAAUAGGGUAAACUUUGUUAAAACUUAUACUUUUCUUGUAUUGGAACAUUUAUUUCACAAAGCUACAAAGCCACUGAGGACGGGAUUCUUCGAAGAAAAUCAUCGGCACUUAUUACGGGAGUCACUUCACGGUGAAAUAUAUUUUACUCUCACGAUCACUUCACUUUUUGAGACCUAUUUUCGAUUACACCCAAAGUGAGGUGAAAAAAGUUAGCUCCGCGAAGCGAGAUUGACAGUGAGAUGGUAAUGUUGUAUAGAUCAUGUGAAAUGAGUUUCCCAGUUAAAAAAAGUCCCGGAAAGACGAUUUUUUCCAAGAAAAUUUUUUUUAGAGAUAACACCAGGUCUAAAACAUUUGGCACCUGAACCAAGAAAAAAAUCUUUACCAUUUAUUUAAUGCAAUAAGUUUUUGUUGAGGAUUACAAAAUUGACCUGUUUCUGAUUCGUCGUGUUACUAAAAGAUAAAUUCAAUAUAUUUUAUCAUUAGAUCACAAAUCAAUCGAUUUUUAAGAAAUAUCCCAUCUCCGUGAAAUCGUUUCACUGUUCAAAAUUUCCGUUUCACUUCAGUGAUAUGACUCUCAUAAUAACCCAGAUUUCACAGCAGAUGCCACUUUGCGACAUUUUUCUCACUCGCGUGAGUCCCGUAAUAGUAUUCACUAGAAUUCACUGUGCUGUAUUCAUUCUACUCUGAUUUCACCGUGAAGUAACUCCCAUAAGAAGCAAUAUCGCCUAUUACGAGACUCAUGUAAGCGAGAAAAAUGCCGCAAAGUAGCAUCUGCUGUGAAAUCGGAGUUAUUAUGAGUGUCAUAGCCCUGAAGUGAAAAGUGACGUUUCUCGUGGAAUUAUUUCAUGACUAUUUUGAACGGUGAAAUGAUUACACGAAGAUUAGAAGGUAAAAAGUACCAUCAAUUUAUGUGCGUUGGGUGUAUUUACGUCAGAGCAGUCUCAUGAAAGUAGAACGAUCCAUCCAACGUUUCGUCACUGAUCAGUAACAUCUCCAGGAGAACCUGUGGGGGUUGAAUACCGAUUAGCGGCUUUUUACAUAUAUAAAUUGGUUAUAGAUAUGGUGUUCUCUGUGCCUAUUGUGUCUGUCUUAAAAGCAUCCUGUUCGUUCCUUGUCAAGAUGCGUUUUUGAGUUUACCGUCAACACUAAUUGGGGCAGUUUGGGGUACAUUCUAUAAUUGUAUUUUUUUACAAAAUCUUUGGUAUUUUCUUAAAUUAUAAAUAUGGUAAAUGAAACCUAUAAAUCUAUUAGCUGUAGACCUAUUGCGAUGGUGGAUGAUAAUAUUAUGAAGAGUAGUUUGGAUUCGGGGUCUGUAAUAUCCGGUUCCUUGAUAAAACUAUUCAAACGUAUUCCAGUUAUUAUCAAAUAUGUUCCAGUUAACAUCCAAAAAUUUUUCGAUUGAUUAUCGAAAAGCGACGGAAUCAAUUACGGCACGUUGUUUCGCUUGGAGCAGUGUUUCCGUAAGUUUUUUUUAACUCUCGAUGCGCUUCAGCCGCCGUUUACUUGGAAUGAAAUGAAAAAAUAGCACUAACGAAUAUAUAACUUAGCCAAAUAUCAACCGAUUUCCACAAAACUACUUUCAUUUGAUUCGGAAUUGAAUAUACUUUCAAAAUCCUAUUGUGUUGAAUUUACUUGAAAAAUUGCGUGAAAAAGUCUAAAAAGUUAGAUUCAAACUCAAAUAACUCAACAUUUUCAAUCGAUAUUAGUACAAACCUGUAUAUAUUUCAAAGCUCUAUUUGUCCCCUUACUAAAACUGUCUAAAUAUUGAAAAUCGGUUGAUAAAUGACUGAGUAGAAAAAAUUUAUAUGCGCUGAGGUCCAAAAUUUUCCAAAGAUUUUGGGGGUGUUUGGAAAAUUUCUAGUAUGAGCGAGUGUUACACUCAACAAGACCUACAGCCUACACUAGGUAACUUCAGAAGUUCUAAAUCACUGUAACACAGUGUUAUUAGCAAUACCGCUAUUGAGAAGUGGUAUGCUUAUUAUUAUUGUUUAUCAGUUCUUGUGUGUGAUGUGAUACUCUUCCUUCAACACGCUUACUAUUCUACUAUAACGAUGCUCGUUCCUCCUGUUGCCAAAUAUCACCAGUUAUAGUUCCCUGGAGAAUUUUCGUCGUGCGUCCUACUGGCCAGUUUUAUCAAUAAGGGGAACUAAUGGUUUUGUGAAGAGGAAGUCACGCAAAGGUAUUGUAGAUUUCAGCGCAAAGGAAGAGUAAGUGGUGGGGAGUCUGAGAAUAAGCCCAUACUUAAAAGUCCAGUUUUGACAUCGAGGGACCUGAUUCUACUAUGAUUCGAACCUACGACCAUUCGCUUGACAAAGCGGACUCGGUAACCUUACAGCUACCAAAGCUUGAUUUAUCUCGUCAAAAUAUGUCAAAAUCGACCAGCAAAUCUAUUAAAAAAUAAGAAAAACUUAGUUGAUCGCUCAAUGGUUUUGAGUUCCACCAAUUAGAGAGCUACGCUCUGCAGUGAAGUUGUUCAGGAGGUCAAUUCAAGCACUCCUUGUAGUUGAGCAAUUUUAGUCGAGCACUCCUACUCGCUAGUAGAAGCUCGCGAGCUCUUUUACAGUCGCUUAGUAGCAAUACAAAAGAGUUUUUGCGUGUCGGUGCGCGCUUGCUGCUACUCAGGGGAAUACAUGAAGAAAAGAAAGUAUCUCGAAAGCGUGUGCGCAAGAGAUUUGAGAGGCGUAGCAUAUAUCACGUUCUCAAACAGAAAGGCGGAGAAAUGUUUUGCAUCUCGCUACACAGUGGUUCGAAUUGUAUGGCAAGGGUGGUCAUGAAUCAUUUUUGUACAAUAUAGUUCUUGAAAAUUUCUAAAAUCGACAGAAUCAGGUGUGUUUUGACUAUAACAAACUUUUUAGGGACUGUCAUCAUCCAACUUGUUUCAAUUGUCUGGUGUUCCCAUUAUCAUACAUACAUAAUAGAGUGCCAAUAGAAUGCCAAUAGAAAAGUUUGGCCUUUGAAUUUUAAAAAGCGGCAGUUCUCGAAUGUUUUGCCUACUCGAAAACUACCUAUGCAAAAUUUAAGCGCAAUCGGGUUUCGCUAAGUGAAUCCUCAAAGCGUUCAAAGUUUGACUUUUCUACCAUUGGAAAAACCUCAAAUAAAUUUGAUAUUGUCUCAAAAACCUCCCAUAUUUCAACACCAAAUAUCAAAAUUCGAAUAUACACAAAUGUUUUAGAACAAAUUGUAAACUUGAACUGAAUGCCUUCUAAGCCUUCUAAGAAACUUGAUGCAAAUAUAUGCAAAUGGAACCUCUAACAAAUAUUUUCCCAGUCCUAAGUCUUUUAAAUAAAGAGAUGAAGCGAUUGAAUUUGUUCCAAAGCGGUUAUAUACACAAUGUAAGAAACACGUACUGCUUAAGCUGAUUUUGCAAGUGUCAAACACCUUCACUUGUCUCCUGCUCAAGAGUAAACUGAUCAUAAAAUAGGCCAACAAAAACAGCUUUUCUGCAUUCUCAGGUUCAUAACCGAUCCAUUUAAACGAUAAUAAGCAGAAAACAAAAAAAACUUUUUUUCUAUUUUUGAGCUAUGGGCGAACCACUGUGCGCUGGUUUAUUUUCGAUUUGUACGUUAAUUAUAGAAAAUAUCUGCAAAAUUGUUUUACUUACUUUUUCGAUUCUUUUCUGCCAUGUUCAUAUUCACAACAUUCAAUUGAGGACAAAUAUACUAAGGAUAGUUCUUUUUUGAAAGUAAUUCACGCUUGCCUAUGUUAUAUAGAGUGAGAAAUUUAUUUUCAAUCCCGAAAACCCUCGAAACUGUUUGGCCAUUCCUUGUAAUUGAAUUUUUUUUCAAAAUCUUGCAUAAUCUGUAUUACAGAAUACUGGGAUUUAAUACUUACCCAUGCGCAAAUUCGAAAAGAGCUGAAAGCAAAUAUGUACGAAAUUGCAAUUUUCACCAAUUUGAUUGAAAUUUAUAUACGAACUAGCAAAAGAUUUCGAAAUUUGUCUGUUUUGUAAUUAAUAGACUUUUCAACUUAUCAUGAGAUUAUUAAAGCUAUGAACAGUCAUAAAAAUUAUGUAAAACUCGAUUUGUUUACUUUAGCGGUCACAUGUUUUUCUUGGUUUAUGAUUAAAUUCACUUCUAGGUAGUGACGCUUGCCAAACCGCAACCGCAAAAUUCAAUUAUUAAUUUUACUAUUCAAUUUGGAAACUUUCUAGUAUUUAUAGCUUCGCACAGUCUUGACUGUAUGCAAAGAUGUUAUCGGGAAAUGACAAAAACACAAUUGCUUUCGCAUCUUGAAAAAUAUAAUUAACACCAACACGAUCUUUUUGUGUAGGCAAGUAAGAUUAUAAAAUUAUAUUUUUUUGACGAUGUGUUGAUAACAGCAAAUUCAAUUUUAAUGCAAUUCAACGCUUGCACGAAGUCUACGCAAAAAAAGUUAUAAAAUUACUAUUUCACACAUAAAAAUUAUAUCAAUACAAACAAGAUUUACAUGUGGAAUCAAUUCGAUAUGGUCGGCGUGCGACCAGACCGAACCAAGCGCCAUUUUUUUUUUUUUGAAAAUUGAGUUUUUAACACUAGUGGAUGUUAAAACUGAUAAUCUACCUUUUAUGAAAAAACGAAAUCAUUUGAACAGUUUAUAAUGGUAUUAUAACAAAAUUUCUCUGCAGCAACUUGCAGGAAGCAUACGGGAUGGUUAAACUUUGAUCGCCGAUUACUCGAAAUAAUGUUUUUGGCGCUUGGUUCGGUCUGGUCGCACGCCGACCAUAUGUAAAAAAUGUUAUGUUCAAAGAUUUCAAAGUCCAAAAUCCUUUCACGGAUUAUACAAAUGAACCAGGAAACAAAGGCAAAUGAUUUCUUCACCUUAUUUUCUCAUACAUUACCGAGGAAAAUAAAGAUAAAAUGUUUGUUGAUAUGAUGUAAGAGAGAGAGGAAAAUAUUUUUGUUUUUGUUUUUCAUAUAAUUUUAAUUUUGUCCGGAUUUAACGCAAGGGUCAACAGACUAAAUUAAGCAGACUUUCUGUUACUUUAACGUAGAAAUUUUGCCGGGAACAAACCGCAUCUUCAACGGUACAGUCAUUUAUGAGAAUAACGUGGUUUCAGUUUGGAAUUUGAAAUGAGCGAUUGAGACAUCCCUGAUUCAUUUGAACAGAUUGUAAAUAUCUAUUUACUUUAGAACUAAAAAUCGUUCAAAUAACUUAUAAACAAACCGUUUGAACAUCUUUUCUAAAAAUUAUUCUCCAUUUUACUACUCUUUCAUUGUCUAUUUGGAGAGCCAAACUGACAAAUCCUUACGAUACUUCCACGAUAUUUCACAAAACAGCAAAAAAUGUUAUUAACUCGUAUCUGUCUAAUUCCAAAGCAAUCGAUAAACUGUUGACUUUUGUAUUUCUCUGAACAGACCAACCGGUUCUGCUAGGUUAUCGCAGCCCCGACAAAAAAAUAACCCCACUUUACUUUACCACUCUAUUCCUUCUACCAUUAUCUCAGUCGAGAGGAAGCUGUACGGCACCCUUUCUUCCGCACGCUGGAGGGCACCCGAUUUAUUCCGAUUAGAGUCUGUACGCUGUACGCUCAGUCGUGACUGUGCAGGAUCGCUCAGUAUCGCUAUCAGGGGCUGACACACUGCUGCUGGUCGAAAAAGUGGAGUGCAAGGAGUGUCAAAUGAGCAGCAAUCGCUUCCAUUGUCGCCGUCGGAAGGAAUGCAUCCACGCUGCUAUUGUUACCACAUCGUACGUACAGUGUUUGGUUUAGUAAAGUAGGUACCUCCCACUGCCCACACUGGGAGGUGUGUUUCUAGCAGAAGAAAAUAGAGAACAAUCUAGAGAUCGAACAGUUGUACGGCUUUUUUUUCACAUUCUAUGUUGUAAUGUAAAAAGGUCAAAUGUCGGUACGAAUCUCCAUUGAAGAUGUUUGAAACUUUUUUGCUUGUACUUAAAUCGACUUGAUUGCAGUUUUCACUCUGAAAACAAAUACAGUAUUCAAGGUCCGACUUAGAGUUUAGAGGAGACCAGAUUGCUAUGCGCACUAAGAAACUUGCAUUCCUUUAACUUGGAAUUAGAAAUUUAUCCUUCCAGGCCAUAACUCAACUUGAGCUAAGCGCUUGCUUCAGGUAAUUCCAUCAAUCAUCAUUAGGUAGUUGGGUGAAAAUCUGCACCUGGGCUCAAACAUAAUACAUAAAUACAACCUGUUAUCCUUUGCCGGCGUGCUGUACUUUUUGCUGAAACCCAUGGUAUCAAUCUUCCCCUUUGAUCGGAUUAUUGCUUUUCCAUUACCCAAUGUCGAAGCCAACCGGGCGGAAAAUCGCUUGACGAGCGAAAUCAAACAUUGUUUCGCAUAUCGACAGAAAGUGUUGAAUGUGAACCGAGAGCGAAACCGAAUUCGGUUCAAAUCUCAACGGAAAGCUUUACCCUUCUUUGCCGAACUAUUAUUAAUUAAAUUAAUUUUUCAACAGGGAAAAUUAAACCUGCGGUUUCAUUUCCGAAUCCCUUCUAGAGCCCAUUCGGAUAUGAGUAUUUUCAAUGAAUGCGGACAGCCAGCCUUGCUUCAUCGUUGCGAUGUGUAACUGAUAUUCAGACAGUAAUUUAAUUAUUCAAAUCGAUUGAUGCUUCACGUUCCCCCCAUGCACCCCUUCCGACCAACCGAUUGAAGCGGCCAAGUUCGAGCAGAUGUAUCGAGUCGGCUUGUUGAAAGGCCAUUCAGAAAGAAUCAAUCAGAUCGGUAGCUUCGAUGAUCCGAUUUGUUUACAGUGCUGAUACCUGACCACGAUAAUGGGCAUCGAACAGUCUCUCCUGGAUGGGGUUGAGGUUAAACUGUAGCCACACACUGCCUGCGUAGUUUCGAAGCGAGACCGGGGACUGGAAAGCGAAGUGUUUUCAAUUAAAUCCAAUUUAGACGUCCGUAAGGUUGUUGGUACGUAAAUAGUUCGGAAAUUUAUACAAACGACAGUUCCGAGCAGCAUCGAGCCGAACUUUGUUUGCCGCAUUUGUCUGGUGCUCGCUGCGAAGGGGUUCUCCUUUGGGAAAAUAUUUGGAUUGGUUGCCUACCAUCAGUGAGAGACCGAGCGUUAGAGAAGAAGCGGAAAUUUUAUUUAGGUUUAUCGGAUCAUUCUUGUUCGCUAAACGUUGGUCGUUAGGAGGAUGUUGUUUUUUGAUGUUUCAAAAUUGGCAUACGAAAGAGCCGGCUGAUCGCUUUCUUUUAAUCAGUUUUGGUAAGCCUAAUUUGUUUUGAUAAACACGUAAUUUGUGUGCAACCGCUAUGAGGCGAAUCGAUUCAUUUAACCUCUUAAACCUUUUUUCCUAUUUUUGUAGUACUAUAAUACCAUAAAUUAUUAUUCAGUAACUGGAUAUUUAUUGUAUAUAAAUUUUACUGAAACUGACAAAUUUAAUUUCAUGUUAGAAUUGUAUUUAUCACACACUACAAAAAAAAUUUUUUUUUUGGUAGCAAAUUUGUAAUAAAAACACAUGAAUAUUAUUCUGUGAAUGGUUAUGAUGGAACAACGUAGAAUUAUCGCAAAAUGAUUUUAAAUUAAUCCACUAAAAUAGAAGAUGUUUAUGGUUUUAACAGAACACUUUUUUUCAAUACAAAAACAUUGAAGCUCUUCCCAUAUCUUUUUUUUUUUAGAAAUAGCUGUACUGAUAUUCUAAGAAUUCUUCUACCUUAGUCUAAUCUGUUGCGUAAAAACUGCUUCACUCCCGCUAAUCCCGUUUGACACAAAUCCAACCGACGUUGAGAGGAAGAUCCGACAUAAGAACUGUAAAUACUGUCGUAGCGAAAUGCUGGUUAAUCAUUACACCGCUGUAUAUAAUCGAUAGAACAAAAAAAAACGCUGAGCCGAUGUUCGUUUAAGCACUGUUAUGUAUCUAGAGAAAAUAUUUAGUGAAAACGGGCAACUGAAGAUAUGCAACGUACGAACGUCUAAGCAAAAUGGAAUUAAGCUGGAGGCAAAAAAGCUCUAGCAUAAAGCUCUGCUACAAAUACGAAGAACAUUUUUAGUUAUAAUCGAAAUUUGUAUUUCUAGUAAAACUCUACGCUAGAGACUCUUUGUUGCCAAGGCAACUGAAACUCUCGAUGCCGUGUUGUAGGUAAUCAAGGAAUUGCGAAGCAAAACUAUGUAACUGCUCCUCAAUAAUUAAGGCCAACAGAAACAAACAGCGUAGCGUAAGCAACUACCAAAUUAAAUAGAAUUAGUACAUUUAAUUACUCACCUAAUCAAUUUGCUGUAAAUAUCCAGUAGAAGCCACGCGUAUCGAACGGUUCACGUACGAAAUUGAAUAUGCUCGGUGUACAGAUAAUGAUGACCACCAGGCAGACAGACAGGCAGGAAAAGAAAAACCUAUUUAGAGACCAUCAAUGAAUAACAAAAUCGAAAAGCUAUUCAGCUUCGCGUAAAAUGUAAAUUUCCCCACCACCCCUGACCGCCCAGUAACAGCCCGACCAGUCUGCUGUCGAGCAGCGGUAAAAAGAGGUGAUUUGUUUGGCUAUAUCCGUGGCGGAAAAAGAGAUCCUUUGUGAACGCGGGCUUGUCUGAAUGGGAAACUCAAAUAGAAAUAUACUCGCACUGGCAGUCAAAGAGAAUAAAACGUAUCCUGGGUAGAAGAGAGAGAAAGAGAAAUAAAAAUUGCGCGCACCUGGGCGCAGCUCUACUACACUUGAGAGUGAAUUGAAUUUUACCGGUGAAAGAGUCAGUAGAAGAGAUAAAUGGAAAAAAACAAACCCAUUACACAAAAUGUCCAUAUAGGCAAAGCAAGUAGGGAUUUUUUAUAACCACCCAAGGACGUAAAACACUCGUGAACCAUCAGUCAGUCAGCCAGUACAGCCAGAAACAAACAAUACUGUAAUGACUCUAAAUUUCGACCAUAAAAGUGACACACUGAAUUGUAAAAUAAAUGUUUGGAACUUUA